UAUUUGAGUGAGUGUAACAGUGAUUUCUCUCGACUAAGGUGAUUGUCUUUUCUAUUUCUCUCUCUGCCAAUAUUUUGCAGCCUCAACUCAGACUGAAAGAUAUCAGUAUACUGUCAUAAUCCACAAUACUACUACUAGUACUACUAUUAAUAAUAACAAUAGCCUUUCACUUCAUCCAAUCACACCCACAACAUCUCUUCAUUCACUGUUCCUGAUUUUAACUCCUUUGUUUUCUCUUCUUUUCAUCUAUCCUUCUCCAUCCUUUCAUCUCCUUCUUUCCUCAGUCUUUACAGAAAAAAGCAGUAAAAAAGAAAAGAAAAAUAGACUCUUAUUUUCUUUCUUGUUAUAGUGAUGGCUGAAGGAUUUGAACCAUAUCAUGUCCCACAACAAAGUAGAAGAGAUAAACUUCGAGUUUUAGUUGAUGAUAAUCUCCAACUCCAAAAUUAUGCUCCUUAUUACGAUCCAUCAAUUAUAACAUCAGAUUUGCCAACUUUUCAAGAAAUUAAUGGCACCCCAUUUCUUUAUACACCUCAAAACCUAAGAUUUCUUGAUCAAUCAUUCCGUACUAGUGGUGAAGAUAUGGUGCACAAUAGUAAUAAUAAUAAUACAAAUGGUCAAGGUUUAUCUUUGUCUUUGUCAUCUCUUCAUCACAACAACACUAGAAAUCAUGAGUUGUCGUCAAAGAGUAGUUGUGUUCCACUUGGACCUUUUACGGGGUACUCUUUAAUUCUAAAGAGAUCAAGGUUUUUGAAACCUGCACAAUUGUUGUUAGAAGAAUUAUGUGAUGUGGGUAGAGAAAAAUUAGAAGCUGAAGAUUCCAAUUUAAUGGAUUUUCGACAUGAGAAUAUUGUUGUUGAUCGACAAGAUUGUAGUAAUGGAGAUGAGCAUGGGAAGAAGAAAUCCAGGUUAAUUUUGAUGCUUGAUGAGGUAUACCAAAGGUAUAAGCAGUAUCAUCAGCAGCUACAAAUGGUUGUGACAUCUUUUGAAUCUGUUGCUGGACUUGGGAAUGCAGCACCCUUUGCAAACUUAGCCUUAAAAACCAUGUCUAAACACUUCAACUGUCUUAAAAAUGCCAUCACUGACCAACUGCAAUUUACAAACGAAUAUCGUCAUGGUCAAAGAAUUUGUGAAAGAGACUCUAUCCCUAGAGUUGGAAAAGGACUCUUUUGCCGAAAACCAGAUCAAAUCCACAAUAAUGCUGGAUUUGCUGAUAGGACUCACCCUGUUUGGCGACCACAAAGAGGGCUUCCUGAGCGUGCAGUGACCGUUCUUAGGGCUUGGUUGUUUGACCAUUUUCUUCAUCCUUACCCCACGGACACUGACAAAGUAAUGUUAGCCAAUCAGACUGGCCUCUCAAGGAAUCAGGUUUCUAAUUGGUUCAUCAACGCAAGAGUAAGACUUUGGAAACCUAUGGUGGAGGAGAUACACAUGCUUGAAACCAAGGAAGCUCAUAAUAAAGCUUCACAAAGGGAGGGACAAAACAGCAACAAUAACUCCAUUGAACAUUUUCCUACGAGUAAUUCACAUGCAGCAUGUGAAACUCCAUCUACUUCGGCACCAAGAUUACAAGACACUCCACCAAAACGAACUCGAAAUGAUUUUCCAAUGGGAAACACGGAUUCAAUAAGUUUAUCUUAUGCCAAUUUGUCAACUGGAACCGGUGGCGUGUCCUUAACCUUGGGCCUUCAUCAGAAUACUGGGAUUGGUUUAUCGGAACCCUUUCCGAUUAAUGCAGCUCGACGUUUUGGUAUUGAUGCAAAUAGUGACAGGUUUAUGGUUGGUGGUGGAUUUGAACAACAAAAUGGACAGUUUGGAAGAAAUAUUGUUGGUGGGCAGUUUUUGCAUGAUUUUGCUGGUUGAACAAGAUUUUGGACUUCAUCAUUUCAUAAGCCUUCAAUUUAUCAAUUAACCACAGAGGCUUGAGUUUGAUAUAGUCUUCAGAAUCGCAUGACCAUCUAGGGCUGGUCCUUUGGAGGUAUAUUUCAACCUUAGACACAUUAAGUAGAAUCACAAUUUCUGAUGCUUCUUGUUUAUAAUUGUGAUUAAAUAUUUGUUUAUACUUCAGUCUUUUCAUCUGUUUCAGGUUAUGUAAACCUGUUCAUGCAUUGUCAUUCGUGACUUGUUCAUGGUUUUUCUUGAAAUCAGGGGAAGAAAUGAAAUUAUUUUAAAAAAAAUAAUAAAUGGAAAAAGAAGAAGACACAGAUUUUAUCUUUUCUUUGUUUUCAGUUGAAAGUUGUUAAGGAGAAAAUUAUGCUAGUUUAACUUCUAUGCGUCGACAAUAUAAUAAAAAUUCUACACUAUCAAGUCAUUUAUAAGUAACUAUCCAUAACAAGAUAGAUUAGAAAAUCUGAAAAUGUAAAACAAGUUACUUACUAUACGACAAUUUAAAAUACAUAAAACUCUUCCCAUUGUUAGUAUAUUAGUUAAAUUUUUCUUCUUGGUGUUUUCCUCCUUUAGAUAUAAUCUUAUACUAUUGUACUGUUUGUGUUAUCUUUCUGGGUUCCAAACCCCACCUGUGAGACUAUACUAUAUAUGUUUGUUAUUGUUGUUGUUGGUUCUACGAUGGACGCUGCUGUAUGCAUGGCCUGCCUUUCGUUGUUUAAUGUAUACUACAAGUUAUAAAAGGGAGCUUUGGAGCAACAUUAAAGUUGUUUCGUGUAACCUAUAAAUCACGAAUUCGAGAUUGUAAAAUUAGCUAUAUAUUGAUACAUCAGGGUAAGUUGCCGAUA